GGUCCCUCUUUCACUCUCUUGCUCGAUCGUUCGAGGAGACAUGAGCAGGUUCAUUGCAACAAGAAGGCUUGCUUCAAACAUCUUUGUGUCAAAAUCAGCUACAAGGACAUUCUGCAAUGAUGCACCAUCAAAAUUAAAUGAUGUUCCACACGGAAGCCAAUUUAACAAAGAGCUUGAGGAUGAGCAAGGUUUUACAAAUGAUAUCCCUCAGUAUGACAUUGCUAUUGUUGGGGGUGGGAUGGUUGGGAUGGCCCUGGCUUGUUCGCUAGCAAGCAUGCCGCUGACAAAGCAGUUGUCUAUUGCCAUCAUUGACAGCAAUCCUGCUUUGACAAAUGGGUCAUCCAUCAAGAAAGAUGAUCCACCAGAUCCAAGGGUCAGUACAGUCACACCUGCUACCAUUUCUCUCUUUAAAGGCAUUGGUGCUUGGCAAUAUGUGGAACAACAUCGACAUGCCUAUUUUGAUAGAAUGCAGGUAUGGGAUUACACUGGCUUCGGAUACACAAGGUAUAAUGCAAGAGAUGCAGACAAAGAUGUUUUAGGUUGCGUUGUGGAGAAUAAGGUGCUACAUAAAUCUUUAUUGUCAUGUUUACAAAACAAAGAUUUCAAGAAAACAAUCUAUCCUACAAGAUUGUCGUCAAUGUCACUUCCAACACGUUCAUCAGUUUCUGCCGCAGGAGCCUCACAAUCAAAAAGUCUUGCAAAUCUAGCAAAGCUGGAGCUGAGUGAUGGCACAAACUUGUAUGCUAAGUUGGUGGUUGGAGCCGAUGGGUCCAAAUCACAUGUUAGGGAGUUAGCAGGAAUCAAAACCACUGGUUGGAAUUACUCGCAGAGUGCAGUCAUUUGCACCGUUGAACAUUCUGCAGAAAACUUCUGUGCGUGGCAACGAUUUCUACCUGCGGGUCCAAUUGCGCUUUUGCCUAUUGGUGACAACUUUAGCAACAUCGUUUGGACCAUGUCUCCUAAAGAGGCAUCAAACCAUAAAAUAAUGAGCGAGGAUGAUUUUGUGAAAGCUGUAAACCAUGCUCUUGAUUUUGGAUACGGCCCUCAUCCUGAAUCACAGGUGUUUGGCAGUGGUGUACUUUCUUCCUUUUUCAGACCAGAUGUGACAUCAUCGGCCAAUGAGGGAUUUGAACUUCCGCCAAAAGUGGUGAAAGUAGCUUCACAGAGGAUGGCUUUUCCGCUUUCUUUGAUGCAUGCAAACCAGUAUGCGUCAAAGCGUGUAGUUUUAAUUGGUGAUGCGGCUCAUACUGUUCAUCCCUUGGCUGGUCAAGGAGUUAACAUGGGGUAUGGAGAUGCAGCUUCACUUUCGAACGUCAUUGCUGAUGGUGUUGCAGUGGGAUCUGAUAUUGGUGAGGUAACGUUGCUGAAGAAAUAUGAAGCUGAUAGGAAAACAGCGAAUAUAACCAUGAUGGCUGUUUUGGAUGGUUUCCAGAAAGCGUACUCUGUUGAUUUUGGACCACUUAAUAUAUUACGAGCUGCUGCAUUCAAUGGUGCAAAUGUUUUCGCGCCGUUGAAGAAGAAUAUCAUCUCGUAUGCGUCGGGAGAGCGUAGACUGCCUUUUCUGUCAUGAUGUAAGUGGUUCUUUUCUUUCGAAUAAAUGUAUCAAAGUGUUGCAGUCGAUGCUGUUUGGUAGUUAGGUUCCAUGGGUUUAAAGGAUGUUAGAGAAUAUUUUACAAGUUUUAAGAAGCUGUGCAGUAGCAAAUAUAUGAUAUGUUGCUUCAUUGUUGUCUAUUGAUUUGCUUGGGCCU